CUUCCUUCUCUUGGAAACAAUAAGGGAGGUUCUUAUGGAAGAAACAAAAACCGCAAUUCAUCUCAUCUCAAACGCCAGAAAUGAAGUCACAUUCAUUUCAUUUCAGCAAGUCCGAAACAUAUUUCCGCGCCCGACUUAGAAGAAGGUAGAUCUUCUUCUUCCCCCACUAUACAUAAGAAAGAAGAAAAAUUUGAAGAACUAAUCUCUUACAGGGAGGAGCUGGAGUAAAACAUGAAAGACAAGAAAGCGGUUUGCCUAGAGAUGCAUAUAAGCAUGGAAACGAUUCUCCCCUCAGAUCUUACUUUGAACAUACUUACUCGCUUACCCGCUGAUUCAGUCAUACAGUGCAAGCAAGUGUGCAAAACAUGGAAGGACCUGCUUUGCCAACCUUCCUUUCCUCAGGCGCACUUACUCCAUCAGCUUAAUGGUAACUGUUUCUCAAGUCUUUCUUCUCAUACUGCUGCUAAUAUUCCCGUCGGACUUCUUUUCUCCUUUACAUUUAGACUGGAAUACGGGAACCAGCUUUACUGUGGAGAGUAUGAUAGCCAGACUCAUAAUAAACUUAGAAAGAUUAACCAGCCACCCAUUGCUGGUAAGUUGGUCAUUGGUUCAUGUAAUGGACUGAUUUGCUUUUCUGAAAACAAGGGUUUUUAUGUCCUUGAACCUAGCUAUAUUUGUAAUCCUAUCACCGGAGAAUAUGUAAAUAUUCCAGGAAUAUUCCAUAGAGGCAACAUAGACGGCUACUCUGAGUUUAUAAUGAGUGGUUUUGGUUACCAUCCUUCUACUAACGAGUACAAAAUCGUAAGAAUCCACUAUACUAAAUUCACACAUUUGGGGCGAGUCGGGGUAUACACGAUAGGAAAGGGCCGCGGUUGGAGAGAGACGGGAACAACCACUCACUCAUUGCGGCCUAGUAUUUUCCAGCAUGAGCGGUACAUGCCUGAUUAUCGAUCCCCAUUUGGUACAUUGGCAAAUGGAGCUCUUCAUUGGCUUAACAAGGAAGGGAAGAUUGUGUCCUUCGAUUUGGCUAAGGAGAAUGCAUACUUGCUCCAAUCACCACCUUUUUGUCUGUGCUAAAAAUGAUUAUGGAAACUAUUUUCAGCUUCAGGUAUUGGGAGGAUGCUUGUGUUUCGUUCAUGAAAAGCGAGGUGAAUGCUUAGACACAUGGUUCUUAAGAAAGACAGGGGUAAGCAGUAGUUUUGAUGUGAAUGAGCAGGACGAUUACGACUUAUUGAGCUGGAUUAAGGAGUUCGGCAUACCAAUUGAGCGUGCAGAGCCGUGCGCCCUUACAAAUAGUGGUGAAGUUCUAAUGCACUACAAUGGAUGUCUCUUUUGUUAUAAUCCACAAUCUGCAGCCUUGGAAAAGCUUAUGGAUAACGAGUUUCGUUAUGUUAUUCGGCAUGUCAACAGCUUUGUGUCGCUGAAAGCUGAAAGGUGGUGUAGUCUCAGAAAAAGGUAUGAUGUAAAUCCAGCACCAAAGGAUAUCUUUAUAGGAAAACAACAGAGGAAGGAUGAUGGACAGACUGAUUCUUAAACCUACUUCAUUUCGUUCUUAAUCUUAGACUGAUGUAGGCCAAGUGGAAACAUAGAUUCACACCACAAUUUUUUGUUUAUGUACUGGUGCUUGAUGUUGUUUUUCUUUUUGACGUUUUAGAUGAAUCGCUGCAUUUCAAUAUUUGCAAUGGUAACUUUUUGUAUCAAUGCACA